AUGGGUUCCGAACACAUGGGCGUUUAUUGCACGCUCCUACUGAGUGACAACUACUUGCCAGGUGCUAUGGUAUUAGCGCAUUCUUUGCGCGACAAUGGCACAUCAUCCAAGCUAGUUGCGCUUUUCACACCGGAUACCCUGCGGUCGGAGACAGUGAAUGAGCUUCGGACCGUCUACGACGAACUGAUCCCCGUUGACCCUUUCGUCAAUGGAACACCCGCCAACCUAUGGCUAAUGGACCGACCAGAUCUAAUCGCGACAUUUACGAAAAUCGAGCUUUGGCGCCUGACACAAUACGAACGGAUAGUCUACAUUGACUGCGACGUUGUGGCUUUAAGGGCACCGGAUGAACUCUUUUCUUUGGAUGUGAACUUUGCUGCGGCGCCAGAUGUGGGCUGGCCAGAUUGCUUCAAUAGUGGGCUUAUGGUUCUUCGGCCAAAUAUGCAGGACUAUUAUUCUUUGAAGGCACUGGCUGAACGGGGCAUUAGCUUCGAUGGAGCUGAUCAGGGAUUACUGAAUAUGCAUUUCAGGGAUUGGCAUAGGCUGAGCUUCACGUAUAAUUGCACUCCUAGUGCGAACUAUCAGUACAUCCCUGCAUACAAGCAUUUCCAGAGUACCAUCAGCCUCAUUCAUUUCAUUGGUUCGCAGAAGCCGUGGAAUUUACCCAGGCAGGUAGUUCCGAUGGAGUCGCCGUAUAAUCAGUUGCUGAACAAGUGGUGGUCUGUUUACGAUAGACACUAUCGUCUACCUUUUGUUUCAUUUUCCCAGUCCGAGGGUACUCAGCAACUGACACGGACUCCAGGUCCUCACGUUCAUUUAGUUGAUCAACUGGAAGCUACCUCGGCUAAUAACCAGAUUCCAGAGAUCCUCUUCUCUCACUAUGAUGAGAACGAGUCCGUGUCAUAUCGACACGAAGAAUUCGCUUCGAACGAGGGGGUUCCUGCCCUGGUCUCUUCAGAGACUGUUCAUGUCCAGUCACAGCCGGACACAUGGCAACCGCCUUCCGAACAUAAUGAACAGUCACACCACGACCAUAAUGCACCACAGGACAAACCCUACACUACUGAGGUACCGGUCAUGAGUGCCGUACCUCAGUAUGUACGUGGAGAGGAGCAUGUUUCAACUUUCAUCCCCCCUGGGCCUUAUGCACCACCUCCAGCGACUUAUGUACAUCACCCAACGCAUGGAACUCAACCAGAAAUUCAGCAUCAUCAACCGCAGCAGCACCAUCAUCAUCACGAACAUCACAAAGAGCAGCACCAACAGCAUCAAGCACCCGAUCACGUUGAACCCCACAUCUAUCAACCUCAACCGGUAGCGCCUCCGCCAGCUGUUGAGCAUUGGCAACGUCCCCCCUCCCCCGAGCCUGAGAUUCCCACUUUCGAGGCACCACAAGCGGAAUGGGAUGCCUCACGAGAACCACCACCACUCAACACCAAACCUGAGGGAGGCAGCCUCGAAGAAAAGAUGUACACCAUGUCCGAGGAUACAAAUCUGUUCCAACCACCCCAGUCGUACCCUGAACCCCCAAAGAAUAUGUACUACCAACUUCCCGAAACAAAGCCCGAGCCACAAAAAGCGACUUCAGUCUUCCCCUGGGAGAACCAUGCACCUGCGCCAACUCGAGUCUUCGCACAAGAACUACCUGUCCCCCGCAUUGACUCCCCAGAGCAGCCUGCACCGCAGAAAGUUGAGUUGCAGCAGUCCCCCAAAACCCCGCCACCACGUGCACUUUUCGAGCCUAUAGCCGAAUCAUGGGAACACUAUUCUCGGUCCAACGCUUGGGAUGAUGACCCCCAAAUUCAGCGGUACAUGGAGUCCAUGCAACAAGCCCGCCACGGAAAACCCCAGGUAAUCUCUGGCUCUGCACAUGAAAGCUCAAGCCACAGCGCAAAUACUAGCAUCAGCACAAGCAACUUCUCAUUCUCUUCUAUUUCCACUACAACGGGUCCAUCCUCUGGCCACCGGCCUAGCCUCAAGCUCACUGACUUCCCGACUGAAUUGGAACGCCCCAGUCUCCCAGUUACCCCGGCACCGAUUCAUCGUAACAGGGCACUGGGGGAAGAUUACGAUACCUCUGAUACCGUCCUCCCUACAGCAGAGGGUGUCCCGAACCAGGAGGAUUGGGUGGGUGUCACAGUUGAUGCAUUUUCCCAACUCCUGAGGGCAACAUACUUAUUGUGGCGAUCUACAGAAUCCCCUGGCGCAGCUCGAAGAGCUCCGCCUUCGACAAUCCGAGGCUUUGGAGGAUCCGGAGCUCUUAUUUAG